CUGAGAACUCAAAGGAGAAGCAUUUACGCACAGGUCCUACACUCAGCUGGGGCGGAAACAAUCUGCGGCUGCAGGUUUGCCACCGGCGGCAAAAAAAGGGGACACACGCAGCAAUGAGAAGGAACUGAGAAUGAAUGACCGAGUUCAAACAAAGUGUCCGUGAAUUUCUGUUGGGAAAGGAUCAAGAUCUGCGGCAAACUGUUCAGGAUUGCCUUCAUCUCCAAAAUCCGGGUUGCAGCCGCAACUGUCUGAUUGAUGAGUGGAGUCCUGCUCAAACCCUGGGUAGAUGAAACAUCCUUUUUCAAGUGGGGAAACUGCACAAACUGAGAAAAAUCAUCAAUGAGAAUCACCUGUCAUUGAAAGUGGGAGGACACUUGACACUAUGGGAGAGUGCAAAGAACAGAGAGUGAGAGCUGCCUUUAAACAGAACACUGAGCAGUAAAAUACAUUCACUAACUUACAGCAUGAACAGUUUUCUACCAGCAGUCCUGUCUUGAAUCACCUGCAGUAGCAUCUUUAUGUUCUCUUUAUUCUCUUUUUCCAUGUCUGUUUUCUGUCUAUGUUCCUUAUUUUUAACAGUUUAAGUUCAUUUGUAUCAGUUUUAGGUGAAACUGAAAAGAGCUAAAAGUGAACUAUUGAGUUGAAAUGUGUCCUCUGUGUUGGCUGAUGAACAUAUGGGACACUCUGACACUUGUGUAUAGAGUGGUAUCCUAAUGAAGAUGUGUUUGAUGUGACAGGUGAUUGGCAGGAGGAGGAGAGUCUGACGGAGGAGCAGAGGAAUGUUGGCAGCCAUUUAGUCUGAGCUCAACAAUGGAGGAAACAUGGAUUCUUCACAAAAAAAAUAUAAACACAGCAAUGGAGUGAGAUGUCGGACCUCUGAAGAAGAUAAGGAUGGUUCGGCAACAACAGCAAAAAGAGAUGAAUCACUGAGUUGUGAGCAAUGUGACAAGACUUUUAUCACAGCAACAAAGCUAAGAAUUCACAAACGUAUUCACACUGUGGACAAACCAUUCAGCUGUGAUCAGUGUGGAAAGGCUUUUACUCUGAAGAGUGACUUAAAAAGACAUCAACUCAUUCACAGUGGAGUUAAACCAUUCAGCUGUGAUCAGUGUGGAAAGGCUUUUACUCAGAAGAGUGCUCUAACAAGUCAUCAACUCAUUCACAGUGGAGUUAAACCAUUCAGCUGUGAUCAGUGUGGAAAGGAUUUUACUUACAAGAGGAAUCUAACAAGUCAUCAACUCAUUCACAGUGGAUUUAAACCAUUCAACUGUGAUCAAUGUGGAAAGGCUUUUACUGAUAAGAGUGCGUUAAGACGUCAUCAACUCAUUCACAGUAGAGUUAAACCGUUCAACUGUGAUCAGUGUGGAAAGGAUUUUACUCAUAAGAGUCAUCUAACAAGGCAUCAACUCAUUCACAGUGGAGUUAAAUCAUUCAACUGUGAUCAGUGUGUGAAAACCUUUACUCAACAUGAACAGUUGUUGAUCCAUCAAUGCCCCCAUUCUGGUCGAAAGCGGUACCACUGUGACUCCUGUGAAAAAACUUUCAAACACCAACAGAGCUUAAAAUGUCACCAACGCAUCCACACUGGACAUGAUGUGUACGUAUGUGAUCACUGUGGUGAACCUUUUGUACGGUACUCACAGUUAAAAGCUCAUGAAGUGACCCACACUGGGGUUAAACCAUACCUUUGUGAUCAGUGUGGGAAACGCUACAGCUACAUUGGAAACCUCAAAGGUCACCAAUGUGUCCACACUGGGGAGAGACCAUACAGAUGUGACGAGUGUAAGAAGACUUUUACAACUUUGGGUUCCCUGACACAACACCAGCAGAUCCACACCAGAAAGAAAGCAUUCAAUCAGUGUCACAGUGAGAAAUGUAAACACAGCAAUGGAGUGAGAUGUCGGACCUCUGAGGUGGAUAAGGAUGGUUCAGCAACAACAGCAAAAAGAGAUGAAUCACUGAGUUGUGAGCAAUGUUGCAAGACUUUUAUCACAGCAACAAAGCUAAGAAUUCACAAAUGUAUUCACACUGUGGACAAACCAUUGAGCUGUGAUCAGUGUGGAAAGGCUUUUACUAAGAAGAGUACUCUAGCAAAACAUCAACUCAUCCACAGUGGAGUUAAACCAUUCAGCUGUAAACGGUGUGGAAAGGCUUUUACUCAGAAGAGUCACUUAAAAAGACAUCAACUCAUUCACAGUGGAUUUAAACCAUUCAGCUGUGAUCAGUGUGGAAAGGCUUUUACUGACAAGAGUCACUUAAAAAGACAUCAAUACAUUCACAGUGGAGUUAAACCAUUCAACUGUGAUCAGUGUGGAAAGGGUUUUACUCACAAGAGUACGUUAAGAGAUCAUCAACUCAUUCACAGUGGAGUUAAACCAUUCAACUGUGAUCAGUGUGGAAAGGCUUUUCCUCACAAGAGUAAUUUAAAAAGUCAUCAACUCAUUCACAGUGGAGUUAAACCAUUCAACUGUGAUCAGUGUGGAAAGACCUUUACUGUCAAGAGUCACUUAAAAAGACAUCAACUCAUUCACAGUGGAGUUAAACCAUUCAACUGUGAUCAGUGUGGAAAGGCUUUUACUGACAAGAGAAACUUAAAAAGUCAUCAACUCAUUCACAGUAGAGUUAAACCAUUCAGCUGUGAUCAGUGUGUGAAAACCUUUACUCAACAUGAACAGUUGUUGAUUUAUCAAUGCCCCCAUUCUGGUAGAAAGCGGUACCACUGUGACUCCUGUGAAAAAACUUUCAAGAACCAACAAAGCUUAAAAUGUCACCAACGCAUCCACACUGGACAUGAUGUGUAUGUAUGUGAUCACUGUGGCAAACUAUUUGUACAGUACUCACAGUUAAAAGCUCAUGAAGUGACCCACACUGGGGUUAAACCAUACAUUUGUGACCAGUGUGGGAAGCGCUACAGCUCCAUUGCAUACCUCAAAGUUCACCAACGUGUCCACACUGGGGAGACACCAUACAGAUGUGAUGAGUGUAAGAAGACUUUUACAACUUUGGGUUCCCUGAAACAACACCAGCAGAUCCACACCAGAAAGAAAGCAUGGAAUCAAUGUCACAGUGAGCAGAACGGAAGAGAUGGACAAAAGUCUCAGACUUGUCAGCACUCUGCCAAUGGUGAACAGUGCUGCUUUGACCACUCUGGACCAACAUCCAACCAACAAGAAACCCUACAACGACACCAGCGUAUGCACACUGGACACAGACUGAACCCCUGCCAAGAAGAUUUCUCCAUGCAGGGUUCAAUAAAAGUUCAUGAAGUCCUCCACAAACUUAAAGUCCUUGAGAUCCGGCUUCAGAGAAUUCAGGUCUAAUUUCUUGUUUAGUGUCUUUGUUGCUUCGUUGCAAAAUCCAUUAAGAGGAAAGCUGUCGUUAACAGACGUGACUGGUAAAUGAAUGAAACCAUUCAAAGUGGUUACUCAGUUAAAUGAAUUAUCAGUGGCAGAGGGAUAGAUGUCUGGAUGGAGGCAGUGAGCAGCAGGGUGAAUUUCCUUGAUUACCACCUUAAUUGUUCCUCAGAUCCCUCUGGGCUGCAGGAACCCGUUAGAUGCAGAGCUGGUUCAGUGAUUCUCUGAUGGUUAAUCAUAAUUAAUUUAGGAGAUUACUGACCGUAGGUAUCUAUCUAUCCAUCUAUAAUCUAUCAUCUAUCUAUAGGAAUCUCUAAUAUUGAACAAGUAGAUCAACUAAUCUCUGAUUGUGUGUGAGUUGAAAUAUAAAAACAUGAAGUGUUCUAUGAAAAGUCCAAUCUUUGAAAGCUGACAUGUAGUUUAGAAUCAUUUCUUUGUAAAUUAUCUGCAUCCAGUCAUUACCAUGAUAUUGGCAUCAUGGAACAAUGACCACAUAUAUGUGUCUGGAGAUGGUGGCAUUUUUAUAACAGCAUAUUUUCAUGCUUUGACAGAUACAGUGAGGGAAAAAACGUUUUCAGACACCCUGAAAGGUUUUACACAAUCUUAAAUAUCAUGGAAUAUUUGUUGUAAAGUAUUGUUUGUGUGUUUCUAAGGGUGUGGCUGCAUCAGACAGACACAAAUACAAAUGAUAUAUUUUUUUGUUUGUUGUUUACAAGAAAAACUAACAAAACUAAAUUCUACCAAAUUUCUCGUUUUAUGGAACCAGUCAAUUUUCAGUUUUUAAUGUCUUUUUAGGAUGUGUUUAGUUUUAUGAUUGUACUAAAAUAAAUGACUCUUGAAGACCUCAAAGUGAUUCUUAAUGCAGUAUUUCACAAAGGUAUGGGAUGUCCAAAAACUUUUUUCCACUGCUGUAUUUAACAACAAUCUGAUCUGCUGUUGUUGGCAAGACAAACAAGUGAAGGUUUCAGGCUUUUAUCUGGAAUUGUUCUUGAGAUAUUCGUCUUCAAACAGCCUCAAAUUUCAAUGUGAGAAAAGAAAAACGAGUGAAACUGGGUCUACAGUCCACUGAAAAACCUCUAAGAAAGUAUCUGACAUAUUGGGUGAUGUGUACGACCCAGCACCCACAGCUGGUUGGGUGUCAUGUGGCUCUGCAUUCUGAUUGGAUGAUUGUCCAACCACUGCCACAAGUAUGAAGGUCAUCCUGCAGGCGUGGCAGGAACACGGAGUGGAAACACAAUAGAUGUGUUCAUCUGGCUAUGCUGAGGGAACCCUCUGCUUCAAGCUAGUGGAGAACAUCAUAGUAGGUAGAGUCCCUAUAUUAUCAGAGUAUCGACAUGACGUGUCCAAAAAAUUUUGGUCAUGUGAUCUAUAUGCGCCAUUUUGUUUCCUAUUCAUGAACGCCGGGUUUUCUGUUAACGUUGUUUACACUGCAGAGAGUAAUUCUUGGUCCUUUUUCGCUUCAUAAAUACCUGAAAAAUGACAGGCUGUUGUGCCUUUGGGUGCACAAAUCGAUCGUAGAAGGGAUUCCACAUGUUUAGAUUUCCCAGUAAUAGUCAAAGAAGGAAACUGGGAAAAUAAAGUCCGGAGAGUGGGAUGGAAACCGACUAAAUCAUCGUUUUUGUGCCAGGUUAGUCCCAUGUAUGUACUUUCAUGUUAUGAUGUAUGGGUGAAUAACAGAUAGAAAAGUUUGAUGUGAUUUUAGGCAGUUGUGGUUAUUUUGACUUUGACCAUAUUCAUGCAUGUAGAUGUGUUACUGGUGACUGUUGGGUACCGUAACCCGUUAAACUUCCGUAUUCGGGCCGUCUUGAGAUGUGCAAACGUAUUUUGCUAAACUGACCAAAGCUGCAAACUCGAUGACAGAAACAUUAAACACCUAUGGAAAGCUUAGAUUCUCAUGAAUCCACCGGUAUAAACCACUUUCAGAUGUGAUUACCACAGCGGGUAAUAUAAACACAUUUGUCCAACAAAUAACGUAAACAGCAAAACUCACCUUUGAAUCCUCAUAACUAGUCACAGAUGAAAAUAUUCCACUAAAAACGGCCAUAAUCCAACCUUGGACAUCCAGAAAAAACAAGCCAGUAAUAUUUUGUCCAAAACAUGUCUUCAAAUCAGUAAACAAUCCACAAGUAGCAAGUUUUUGUGAAUGUGCGCCUCGCGCUGCGCGUCCCAUAUUGAGUGAAUGGAAACAAAAUGGCUUCAAAUCCCCAGUUGUCGCUGCUCUGAUAAUACAGGGGCUCUAAUAGUAGGUGCUGGUUACUGCCCCCUACAGGUCUCUACACAGUCCUUAAUCCUGGAGAAUUAGAAAAUGACUAAAAAAUAUAUUUCAACUUCAUAUAAUAAAAAAUUAACUUACACUCGACUUCUCACGUGACUAAUUAACCCUGUCCUGUGGGUCAAAAUGGACUCGUUUUAAAGUUUGAAAAUGUGGGAAGAAAUAUAUAUUUUCACAGUGAAACUUCUGAUGUCCACGUUUUCAACAUUUUUGGGAAAUCUGAACAUUUUUAGGUGGAAAUAAAAACUUAAAAAUAUUUCUAAAGAACAGUCACAAAAAAUCAACCAAAAUCCAGUGAAAUUCACUGGAUUGUUGAUGAUGUUUUUAAAGAAAAUAGAAGUUUUCCUGAAAUGUAUGUAAUCAGUUUAGAUAUUUUUAGGAUUUUUUUGGGAAGAUUUUUACUCAUUUUUUAAAAAAAUAGUUACAACAAUUUUCUUGCCAAAUUUGGGUGAUUUUUUGAAAAGAAAACUUUUAUAAAAUUACUGGAAUUUUCUUCCUGAAGGUUUUGCAAAUUUUCAGAAAUUUGAGGAAUUUUUUUUAUUUUUUUAGACAAGGAAACAAUGUUUUUUGUGCCUGUAAAAUGAGGACAACAGGAGGGUUAAAACAUUAAAAGGCAACAUUAUUAAGGUUUCUUUUAUGAAACGUUUUUCAUCAACAAGUACACAAAAUAGAUUAAAAAUAUAAUCUAACAUAUUUACUGAUUAAAAACUUUGAAUUUCUUCUUCAUGUUGUUCUUCUGCAUAACUCACUAUUUCAAACUGGCUCAUGUUACUUCCAUGUGAUCUGCCAUUAAAACGGCCACAUUCUACCAUAAACACUGUAAAUAAUAACACACCUGCUCAAAGUUAAAGGCCAACAUACGACCCAAACAUGACAUGGAUUUGGUGCCACUUUGAACUAAGAUGAUCUCUUCUGUUAAACAAACCGUUGAUUGUGAAUCUUUUUUCCAGAUGUGAAGCUGCUCCUUCCAGGUCCACAGACAGUAAACAAAACGACGCUCUCUGUAAAAACCCUCAGAAUGUUGAAUAGAAUAAAUGUGGACAGUUUCAUGACUGGAAGAGAAUAUUUCUGGAUCAUUUUGUGUCUCAUUUGUGUCAUUAUGUGUUUUGUUUUGUUCAGUUUACGUCUUUCUGUCAGGUUUUAAACAUUUUUCAUCUUUUCAUGUUAUUUUUCUUCCAUUUUGGUCAUUUUGUGCCUUAAUUUUGACCAUUUUGUGGUUCAUUUUGGUCAUUUUGUGUGUUUUUAAGUUUGUUUCUGUUUAAAAUUGUUCAUCUUGUUAGUUCUUUUGAUCAGUUCACGUCUAUUUCAUCAUUCUGUGACUCAGUGGCCAUUUCUAUUUCAGUUUUCAUCUCAUUUUUGCUCUGAAUUGCUCAUUUUAUCUCUCAUUUUAGUCAUUUUCCAUCACUUUCAGGUUGUUUUUGUUCAAUUUUGGUCAUUUUCCAUCUUAUUGGAUCAUUUUGUGCAUUUCAGCAUGUCUAGAAAAAUAAAUGUAUCAAUCAGACAGUAAAUGAUCUAUGAACAAACCUCUGUGUAAAACCUUCAGAAUGUUGAAUAGAAUAAAUUUGGACCGUGAUGAAUGUAAGUAAA